AGCCGCGUUGCUCAGUGGCGAUCUGGCUGACAAGCCAGCCAUGAUUGCGCGCAGGUGAUGCCUCAUGCCAAACGGAAAAAGUCUAACCCGGCCACACUCUGGCAGAGUCCCAAGAAGAGGGACCGUCAGUUGAAGCGAGCUGCGGCUCACACGGGCGAGUCUAGAAGAGAGAGGCAGCGUCUCAGUGAUGGAUUCAUACCGAGAGAUGAAAAUUCGAUCCAUCUCUGCCCUUUGCCACCGUCAAUCGAGACCAAGUACGAAGUCAAAGAUGCAUUAGAGCUGGUGUUUGGACCAGUUUCGCACGUACAUUUAGAUCGGACUCUGAAAUUUGGAUUUGCCCGCUUUGCGGAAGAGAAGAGCACAGCUGCAGCACUGCAGCUGGGCUCUUUUGAGUUCCUCAAUGAGACUGUGGAGAUGAAGUCAGCUUGCAAGGGCCGCAAGCGCACGCACGAUGCUGCAUUCGUGGGCGAGCCAUCCGGGCUUGACCUCCACGGCCUAGAGGAGGACCCGGGCGACAUUGCCAUGCCCAGCAUGGACGACAUGGAGCCAGCAGAAGCGUUCGAGGCAGGCCUUGAGCCGAUGGAAGAAGGCCAGCCCGAGGGUGCCGAGGACGAAGCUGAUGCUGCCGAGGAAGACGCCCGUCUCAGCGAUCGCGACUUCAUUCUACAGACGCUGGAAGCCAUUCGUGCCGCUGCGAUAGACGUGUUGCGCAACAACGGGAGCAAGAUGGUGCUUAGUGAGCUGGAGUCGCUUUCCAACAUCAAUUCCCUGAAGCAGGAGCUGCCUGGUGGGAGCUCUCUGGUGCAGAUCCUGAGGGCAGUGGGCAGCUUCAGAGUCAAGGACCGCGGCGACGGCGUCUUCGAGGUGGCCAUGGUGAAGAUCGAUCGGAACCCGCUCCCUGCCAAGGUUGCUGAUGCCUUUUGCAUUCCGGCAGAGCCAGCAGCGCCACCAAACAAGAGGAAGCGGGAACUGGAUGAGGGCAAAGGGAAAGGCAAAGGGAAAGGGAAAGGCAAGCGGUCGAAGGGGUCCAAGGAGGCCAAGCCUGCCCUAGCCGAGGGUGCAGAUUCUGAAGAUGCGUCCAAAUUGGAUGGGGACACGAAGGGGACAGCAAAAGGAGAGAGACAAAGCAACAAAGGUGGCAAAAGCACGCGAGAAGCCAAGGGAGCAAAGAGAGCCAAAGGAGCCAACGAAGGAAAGGGAGGCAAAGGCAGCAAAGGAGGCAAGGGAGGCAAGGGGGGCAACGGCGGCAAGGGCAAAGGAGGCAAAGGAGGCAAAGGAGGCAAAGGAGGCAAAGGAGGCAAAGGAGGCAAAGGAGGCAAAGGAGAGAAAGGAGGCAAAGGAGGCAAAGGAGGCAAAGGAGGCAAAGGAGGCAAAGAAGGCAAAGAAGGCAAAGAAGGCAAAGGACAGAAAGCAAAAGGAGGUAAAAAGGAGAAAUUUGGAAAGGGAGGAAAGGGAAGACAGGGAGGACAAGGCGAGAGAGAAGGACACGUACGCGUGAAGGGAGGCGAUAAGUUCCUAAAGAGGACACGCUCCAAAGUUGCCAAGACUGCUGUCACGGAUGAAGUUCGACCCUGGAGGGAAUCGCAAGAAUCCUCGACACGGGAGUCCUCAACCGGAGAGACUUUAGCCAGAGAGUCGUCGACCAGAGAGUCCUCAACCCGGGUGUCUUCCAGCUGGCCGGCCCUAUUUCAGCCGCAGCCUCCCCAGCCUGAUCGCACUCCGAAAUCAGCUGGAAAAGGGCGGCCUGCUCCUCGACCUUCCGUGGCACCGCACUUGCUGCCCAGUGCGGGCAGCGCACCAGCGUCCGCAACGCAGGUGUUGCCCAGGCCCACAUCCUUGUGA